ACAGGAGCCAUGGUUUGAGUAUAUUAAACCACCAGGUGGAGACAAACCUACAGUGUCGUUGGUAUUGGAUAUAAAUUACAGAAAUGUUUAAUCCAAAAUCCCUAUUAGUCCCUAAUCAAGGUUCAUUACUGUUGUUAUCUACAGUAGUUUUCAUAUAAUUUUUAUGCAUUUUGUGUACAUUUUUAUAGACAUUUCAUCCUUCAAAAUAUCAUGAAAUUCUCAUUACAACGAUGAUAGGCCAAAUUAUUAUAUUAUAGGUUAAUUUUUAUAACCAGUGUUAAAACAGUGUUCUUAAGUUAUUACAAUGUUAAUGAUUAUUAUCUAAAAGUAUUAUCAAUGCAGUUAUUGACUCAGCCACCUGGCAGAAUCAAUGUCUCAGAAAUGGCCAUCGUUUUUCACGAUAAGGCUAGCCAGUAAACGGCUUUGUCACAUUUCUAGACAGCCAUGGUGUCCGUACGGGUUUUCCAUCAAUUUUCCCAAAUCAAGUUAGUUACCAUUUCAAUAGCGGGGAUGCCUGAGCUAUUGGAAGGUUUCAAGUGCAGUGUGAAAGGGAGGAGCUGCAAAAUAUAUUGAUGCAGAAACCUUUCUCUAUUGAUAGGCUUCAGGGCGUGAACAGUCUUCAGCGUAGAAAGACACUGGGCCACUGCAUGGCCAAUCUGACACAAUUGGGGUGAAACGGGCCAGAAAAUACCAUUCUCUUCCAUUCUCUUGUGUCAAUCAGAGCUUAAAAACUAGAAUGAAGAGGAAGAGGGAGAGGGAACAGGUUGACAAUUAGUUCGAAAUGUUAUGUGAAACCAUCACAAAAAGGUUUUCUCAUUACUUUAAAGCUAAAACGCAACAUAUAUUGUCUGUUUUCUACAAUUAAAAUUGGAGUUUGGGCUGCAGAUGUGAUCUUCUAGCAAUGGAAUGCGUUCUGUCGGCUGUUCGGGGUCUUGUGUGAAUUUUAGCGUUUUGUAAUGGGAGGAGAGUAGAAGGGGAGACCCUGAUUCGAUCAAACAAAAACAACGAUUUACAACGAUUAUUUUUUCCAUAGACUAUAAAAUGACGAGAAAAUGGACAAAACCUACGUUGCUAUAGUAAUGAGUCCCACGGCUGACUCCUCAAUGACGACCAAUCAUUGACAGGGAUUGUAAAUGGGAGAGGGGGAAGGAAAACUUUCCUUUCUUUCUCAGGAGGAGGGGUGUUGUGGGGAAAUGCUUAACGAAGCGUGAAGCGUAACUGCAAGUGGGACAAAGACAAGCUAGCGGGAGAAAUGCGACAACGAGAAGGCAGUAGGCUACUGAUGAAUUCAAAAUAGUAUGGAACAGAACACGGAAUACAUGUAUUUUAAAGGCAGGAAUGUUAGACCAGUUUUGGAAACGAGCAAAAAGAUGAUUUGUGCUUUCUGACUUGGGUAAUAACCUUUGGAUAGUCUGUUUUCGAAAACUUUGGAGAACGCAUGUGGUCCCUUUUCGGAACUUUUUUACUGACACGACUACAAGCAAAUGUGACAGUUUCGCGAAGAAAAUUGACGCUUUUAGCGUCGCCGAGUCUAUGCAAAGGAUUGCAACAUUGAGGCUACUCAACCGUCCCACUGGACACAUUCACCUUCAUGAAACGGACUGUUAUUCCACAACUGUCAAGCGCGUUUUGGAAAGACAUAGGGACAUUUCUACAUUAAUAAUCAAUACAUGCAUGUUACUUGGAUCAUACAUGGCUUAACCAAAUGAAUUCAUUAGUUACAUUAUAUUUUGAAACCGCUAUAGACUUAAUGUCCCGUCCUAACUGGAGGAAAAGGUGUCCAUCACCGAAGUAAAGCUCUCGCCAAGCAUGAAAAGUUGGGGCAGCGCUCUGGCGCUUUUCUCAUCCGUGUUGGUAGCGAUAGAUGCCCAGUUAAUAUGUUGGCAAGCCCUGCUCCGAUGCCAUGAGGAGCCAGACUGCGAGCUAGCGUACAGUCAGUAUCUGGCUGCCUGCGAAGGAAAUAUCAGAGGUAUCAGGAGACAAUGCCCUAGUCACUGUAUAAACUCGUUGAUUAGACUGAAUCACACACGUAAUGGGCCUGACCUCGAGAGGUGUGACUGUGGCCAGGAUAUGGAGUGUAGAAAUGAAAAGCGGGAGAUUGAGCCAUGCCUCCCUCGGAGGUAUUCCGGAGACGCGGAGGGUAUUGGGUGCACAGAGGCUCGUCAACGCUGCGAGGAGGACGCCGACUGCCACUCCUCCCUGACAGCUUACUUGUCUUACUGUGGACAACUCUUCAACGGCAGGAAAUGCUCGUCCAGGUGCAAGGCCACAAUACAACAGAUGCUAUUCAUCCCAAAUGGCAUGCUGCUUAACCGAUGUGUGUGCGACGGGGUAGAAAGGCCGUUCUGUGAGGUGGUCAAGGAGAACAUGAACAAACUGUGCCAGAUUGGAGACCACACUGUUUCAGACCAGGCAGAUAUGGAUGAUAUGUAUGAGGACGAAGACUAUGAUUCGAAGACAGAGGAGAUGUAUCCACCUGAUUCAAAUUCUAGUUCUUUGCAGCUUUCGAGCUAUAUGGCCUUUUUAUGCAUCACUUUUACACGGAUAUUAUAUUGAGCUAUGAGCCAGGUCAGUUGAAGAGAAGGGAUAGCCUGUGCUGGGACAGGAUCAAAUGUAAUAUUUGGUGUUGUUUACAAAGACUUGCUCUUUGUAAACACAAGACCUAAAGGAUAUGGCCUAAUUUAAUAUGAUGUCUUGUGGUAAACGUAAAGACAGGACAUACGGAGAACCAAUAAAAUGUGAGAACUAGACCAAGGCUACUCAUGGAAUAUCCCGGUCCAAAGAAACCGAUCUGGAAUGAAGUGAAACGAUCCACAAAGACAAGAGAAUGAAAAGCGAGCAAACUUGACUCCUCACAGAAAAGUUGACCAUGUUUCAAUUACUGUUAGUUUCCCUUUUCGCUCCUAUAGGCCUAUUUGUUUUGCUUCGUCUCAAUGGUCCUUGGAGUGUGGCUUUAUUAAGACUUAAGAUAAACAUUGGGCACGUUCAGUUUCUGUUUGCUUUCCUCUCAAUUUUAGGGGCCUCUGCAUUGUUACUGCGACCACACUUCAAAUAUUUGUUGGGAACUGCUAGUGGACGGAAGAGUGUUUGGGAUCAAGUAGGCCUAGUUAAAUUAACUGAAGUGCCUUUAUUUAGUGGGCAGUUGGGCUUGCCCCAGAAAACUGAAGCAAAACGAGGCACUGUUGUUUUUUUAGAGUGUUAAUUACACACAAAAAAUGUUUCCUUAGAUGUCCCUGCAGGGUAACACUUCUUUGUUUCCAGGGAGAACCAUUUAUAGAAAAGAACCCUUGGUAGAAAAAUAUUCUACCUGGAACCAAAAUGCCCCCCCCCCCCAUAAAAGAGAGUAUACAUUCAACUGCGGUACAUGACUUGUAUAAGCUACUUAUUGAAAGGCCUAUUUUAAUUUAUUAUUAAUCUCCUAUAAAGUGUUACUUUCCUUUCCAGGCAAUAAGUAUGGUAAAUCUUUUAACUAAGAAAAUGUUUCCAUGUCUUUAAAGUAUGUCACACAGCUUUUUGUAAUGAUUUUCAUUGCAAUUUAUUUUUUUAUUUCACUUUUUCAGGUAUCUUAGAAGCUGGGCAAUAGGGAAAUGUAACCAUUAUGUUGAUGUAAAAUUACAUGUGACAUUAAAUAUGGAAUUAAACUGUU